AUGUAAAGAAGUCGCGAUUAAAUCAAGAACUUUGCCAAUUUGAAGGGGAAAAUUAUCUUCCUGACUAAAUUAAACUAAAAGAUCCUUCGUAUCGGGCAUCCCCCUCCCCCCUUCCGCCGAAACCCUAAAAGUCCUAUUGGACGUUUCGUAACUCCAAUAGAUAUAAUCUGGUAUGGACAACCUUAGAAUCAGGCAGACAACCAUCCGUAAUUAUCAAACCAAACUACCAUUUAUAUCAGUUGUAGGUCACAUGUUAAGACGGUGUGGAGUAAUCUUUACUGGUCGUGAAUAAAGCUGCAUUUCGUUGAGAUCAAGAAUUAUUUGAAUACCAGUGAAAUUAAAUGAUUAUUUCUUGUUUACGCUGAUGAGUCAAAAUGAAUUCUUUUUCAUCGAGCAUCGCACGUUCUAUUUGGAUUGUUUCCAUUUUAUUAUUGAGUCAGUCUGAUGUUUCAGUUACAGAGCUUGGGUUUAGGAUGAACAUCGAAGUUUAUACUCCAGGAAACUAUACAGACAAUAUGACGGCUUCUUCUUCAUCACGUGACAACACUUUUAUCAGUUCAUCUGCAGAAAACAUGGAUUCAUAUCAGUAUGCAGAUAACACAUGCUUUAACGAAUCAUGCUUUGAUGGCGAGGAAACUUUAUGUAGAUGCGAUGAUAUGUGUCAAUUCUUCGGUGAUUGCUGUCCAGACUAUCCUGUACUAAUUUCCAACGGGACUCGGUCAAACGAGACAGGAUCAAAUGAGACUCUUUCAAACGAGGCUCUAUCAAAAAAGACGCUAUUAGACAUUGGCGUAUGGGAAUGUAUCGUUGAUACUUUUCUUCCACUCUUCUACCCAGAGCUCGGACAUGGUUACAGGAUGAUUGCUAGGUGCCCAUCAGGAUGGUCUUUAGAGGAGGAUGUCAAACGAAACUGUGAAGAGGUUUCUCCCAAUGCAACUAUAGAUGUUCUUUAUAUCUACAACAACAUAUACUUUAGAAACCUGGGUUGUGCUACUUGCCAUGGGUAUACUGAAAGUUCUUUGACAGCUGUUGUCAUUUCAGCAGACCAACAAUGUUGGUGGGGAUAUGAGUAUACUCUUGCAUGCAUGACACCAAUGCCCACAUUACAGUCCAACGUUUCGAUGAAUAUCAGCGGAUGUGAUAUAGAUAUGCAUAUUGUUCAAACUAUUCCGAAACCUCGACUUUGCCUCGUGAAUACAACUGGAAGUUGUCCAAACGGGACAAAUGAAGAGAUAGCCCGCGAGUGUCAGUAUUAUUACAAACCAUUCAUUAGUGAAGGUGUUGUAGGUAAGCAUCCUGCAUGCAGUAAUUGCAGUGGAGGUUCCAUGAUGUGUAUCGAUGAACGGAAGGGCACAACAUUCAGCAUCCUUGAAGUUUUUCAUUUUGACUACGCCGACCUAAUAAGACAAUGUAUAGAAGGAUUUGAAUUGGAUGACAAUGGUAACUGCGCUCCGAUAUCAUCUGAUUGGCCCGUCUGUCAUUCCAAAAAUGUUGGAGUCAAACAAAGUAACGGAACUGUAGAGUGUUUAGAAGAGAUGUUUUGUUUCAGGGAGGUGACCAUAGACAAUAUUACAACAUCUUUAAUACUUCCACUACCUUGUCUAGUAAGGUCUUCAACAGACGUGGUUAAUAAUACUAUAACAUUCAAUUUGAUUUACACGGAUGACAUGAAUCCAUCUCUUGAUAUAAUCCAGAGAGACAUCAUACAUCAACUUCAAACUCCUAGCCGAGACGAUUGCAAGGACAUAGUAAUAUCAGCUAGUCAGUCCUGUUAUGUCGAAGAUAACCCUGGAAACAUUACAUAUCGUUGUCCCGAGGAAAUGUUUGUUGGACAAUAUUUGGAUUUUACGGCUUCUCUUAUCAACAACGAAUCUCUUAUUUUCUUCAAUGGAACUUAUAUUCGACCAAAAUGGUGGAGUAAUAUCACCAACAUGCAGUUCAGCAGUGCCACCGUCUCAUCUGAGUAUCAGUUUGUGGUGUGUGGGACCGAGAUUGCUCUCCAAACCUGCUCCUUCUUCACGGUUUCCAAUGAUUCCAUUGAAUGGGACUACCAAGAAAACCAGUCUGUUAUUCUGUAUCAAGGUCAGAUGUACGACACAGAGGACAUUCUGAUUCAUCCCGAUGGUUCCAUAAGCAUCUGCUAUAUUGAUCAGGUCACACCCAUUAGUAGAAGGACAUUGAUAAUCCUAGGACAUGUUCUGUUUGCCGUAUCAUCAGUUUGUCUUUUUGCUACGUUGAUUACUUAUAUUGCAUUUUCUACCUUGCGGAAUCGUCAGGGUGUAUCCAUAAUGAAUUUCAUUGUUGCUUUGUUCCUCGGACAAAUUUUGAUUCAGUACGUAAGUAUUUCAGUCUCCCAGUUUAGAAUACCUUGUAUAGUUGUUGCUGCGUUGUCCCAUUUCUUUUUCCUUGCUUCGUUUGUUUGGACUACUAUCCUUGCUUGGGACCUGAGUCGAAGCUUUGCAGCAAGUAAGAUGAAAUCGUUUUCAUCUAGCUCAUUUGGUCGUAAGAUGGUAUCUUUUCUUGUCAUUGCAUGGGGCACCCCUCUCGUCUUUGUCUUGAUCACUUUGGUACUUCAGUUCGGAGGAUUCCAGAAUGGUCCUUUCUUGGAAUACGACAGUAAUACAUGCUGGCUUACCAAACUUUCUAGCAUAGUAAUGUUCUUUGUUCCAAUGUCUGUAUGUCUUCUAUCCAAUCUCGUGUUUUUUAUCAUCACGGUACAUGGAGUUCAUUCUACCAAGAAAACAACAUCGGUGCUAAAAUCUGGCCAGGAAUCACAAUUCAAACAAUUGGCUGUUGAGCUCAGAAUAUAUGUCAAGAUCUCAGCUCUUCUUGGAUUCGCCUGGUUAUUUGGGUUCUUAGCUAUGGUCAUCGAUGUCCCCUUCAUGGACUAUCUCUUCAUCAUCGUCAUCAGUCUCCAAGGCGUCUUCAUUUUUAUUUCAUUCGGUACCAACAAACGAGUGAAGAAACUCUGGCGAACAUCUUCGCAGAAUUCAUGGAUGUGGACGACUCAGGCUGUCUCGGAGAGAGUUUUCAAGCGCUCGUUGUAGUACUGGAACACAAGUUGGACGCACACAAUGUAGUGAGAAACAUUAGACACUAUUAAAUAUACAUGGAAGGAAGAAGGAGCAGAUACUGACCGUAAGUUGCUAAAGGGGAAAGGGUAGUAAAACGGCAGGUGCAGUUCAUACUCGUCAACACAGAGAGAGGGAGUAAGUGAAGGGGUGGCGUGAAGAUAUUAUCGAUUAAAGGGAGUGUUGAGUUUUCGGUAUAGAGGGCGCUACACAAAAUAUUUGUGUGUGUCAGGUAAUGUGUCUAAUUUGAAAGAGCAUACAAUUUCAUUAACCAAAUCAUCUUUGUUUGAUCAAAAUCGUAUAAAAGACGGCUAAAAUAUUAAUAAAUUUAACCAUUUUUGGGACCCCACAAAUAUUCAAUAAUUUUGAACAGCCGUUGAAAGAACGAUAUAGCGCCUUAUACGUUUACUUCCAGCCAAUGCCAAUGUUGGCUUUAUCAUCUUAGGUUAUAAUAUGCACAACCAGCCGGCCCGUGUAUUGUUAUUAUUAUUAAAUUAGCAGUCACCGUAAUUUAUUUAAAUGCGGAGCUGAAUUGGUAUGAUCGGAUUAAAUUUAAAUUUCACACAGGUUGGGGUCUAAAAUUACCUUCAUAGCAAUUUUAGGCCCCAAAGGGGGACUCGAAAUGUCAUAAAUAGGAAUAAGAGCAAUCAUAACCGGGCACUUCGAAGGUCUUAAUUGCGGUCUUAAACGAAAACCCAACUGUUCCUUUAAGAGCUCGUAUCUUGCGAAGUUGCGACAAAUUCGAAUAGCAUUCGCAAGGGAGUUUCUAAAAAUAGAAAUUAUCUCACAAAUCUUCUUUCUAAAUAGUCACAGUCGUCGCGUGUGUCUCGAAACCGUCCCGACCACUUCUCAAUAGGUCAUUUUCGUAAUGUAACGAAAUGAAUGCAAUGUCAUAUGUUUUUUUUUAAGUGACUCGAUACGAAUAAAUGUAUCUCAAUAGUCAGGGAUUUCAAUUGCAUACAUCAGUUGUUGCUAGGUAGAACAAACAUUAUGGCUUACCCUAUCUAGCAACACAACGAAUAUGCAAUUUGCGUUCUGAUUAUAAUUGAAAUACAAUUAUUCGUAACAUUUCACGUGAAUGAAAUACUUCGUAUCGAGGCGCUUCACAAAGGCAUAUGCCUACAUUUGGUUACAUUACGAAUUUGUUUAUUUGUUUCCGAGUAUAAGAAAGUGCGAGAAAGUGAGACAACUUUGUGAGGGAUUCCAGUUGGCAACCUAAUAAUUAAAUUGUGACGUAUUGGAAAUAAACUUGACAAAAAUAAUAAUCUGCCAUUCCUGGUGCGAGAUGCCCUGUUAGUGCAUUCAAAUUGCGGUUCAAAAUAACUAAUUCUGUACAAAUGUUGAUAUCUAAGACGCUUUGAGACUAAAUCGCUGACCCCCAAAAUGAACGACAUUCGCACGAAUGGCACACCGCCCCCCUCCCCCCACUCAGUGUUAUUUAGGGUACUCAUAUGCUUGUUCCAAACGACCC